AUGUACGCCGGACACCACGCCUACCGUCCCCGCAAUGCCAGUCAUAUAGUCGCUGUUGGGGAAUACCGGUGUUACCGGUUCCCCAUUCUCCAGUCCCAAGGCGAGAAACUCGUCCGAAAGAUUGAUUUGGUCAUCCUCCCUUUGAUCGUCGUCAACUACAUAUUUUUUUACGUUGACAAGACAACACUCUCAUACGCUGCCAUCUUCGGUGUUACGGAAGACCUCCAUCUCCAUGGGAAGCAAUACAGUUGGCUUAGCAGUCUUUUCUACUUUGGAUUCCUGGCCUGGUCACUACCAACCAACCUGCUUAUGCAGAGGCUUCCUUUGGGCAAAUAUCUUGGAUUCAAUAUCUUCCUUUGGGGUUUCUUCCUCAUGCUACAGUCGUCGGCCAAGAGUUUCACCACCCUUGGAGUCCUUCGAGCAUUAGCAGGUGCUGCAGAAGCCUGCUCGGACCCGAGUUUCAUCCUAAUCACGUCCAUGUGGUACACGCGAAAUGAACAGCCUCAAAAACUGGGACUCUGGUAUUCAGCCAUUGGUGCUGGAAUAGCCAUCGGAGGGCUCCUCGGCUACGGCAUCGGGCACAUCAAAGGCUCCUUGCCAUCCUGGAAGUAUGAGUUCCUCAUCAUCGGGGCUCUAUGCAGCACCUGGGGUAUCAUGGUCUUCAUCUUCAUGCCCGACAACAUUAAAAUGGCAAUUGAAAGACUAAAGGAGAAUCAAACUGGCAUGGAGAACAAUCAUUUUAAACUUUAUCAAGUCUGGGAGGCGUUGAUGGACCCAAAGACACGGCUUCUCAUGUUCUUCAACAUGACGACCUGUAUCCCCAAUGGCGGCAUAUCAAAUUUUGGUACCCUCAUUGUCAAAGGUUUCGGCUUCUCAACUCUUAUCACGACGAUCAUGCAAAUUCCAUAUGGCGUGUUGAUCAUACUCUUCAUCCUGGGCUGCAUGCGGUUGAACAAGCUCUUUCCCAACAACAAUCGCUGCCUGUUGAUCAUUCUGUUCACCAUUCCUAACAUCAUCGGCGCGUUUGGCAUGCGCUACGUCGCACACGAUCACAAAGCCGGACGAUACAUCUGUUAUCUGCUUACUGCCGGUUACAAUGCUUCAUAUUGUAUGAUUUUGUCCCUGCAAAUCGCCAAUACCGCAGGCCACACGAAGAAAAUCGUCACAAGCGGAGUGGCAUUCCUGGGCUAUAGCGCCGGGAAUAUCGCUGGACCGUUCAUCUACAAAGCAAGUCAAGCGCCAACUAUGAUCGUAUGUCAUCUUGCUCAGAUCGUCGCGAUCUGCCUCUGGCGUUUCCUGAUGAGCUUCGAGAAUCGACGCCGCGACAAGAUCCAAGCAGCGCAGGAAGGUGGACUCGCAGCUCGCGAUCUUGAUGCGACAGCCUUUGGAGAUCUCACGGACCGUGAAAACAUGAACUUUAGGUAUAUCUAUUAGGCUCGUGGUGAUCCAAGGGAAAUGAAUAUCGACAAUUGCAGUGCAGUCUAACAGCGCCGUACGACGACUGAAUGAAUAUCAUUUGCCAAGAGUGACACGGUGUGACUGGCUCGAAAGGUUGCUGGAAAAAAGAUAUUGACUAGAGCCUUGAUUGCUACAAUGCUAAGAGAAUGCCACUAUCUCUGGAGAAUCGACUUGGACAAGUGGGAUGAAUGGUCUAGCCUACUGCAUGUGGCAAACGCUCU